AUGGAGAACGCAGCUCACAUCGCGUACGAUAAGGUUGUUGAAGAGCUCCGAGAGAGGGAAUACCCCAUGCUCCAGGGCACAACAUACCUUGAUCAUGCCGGCACCACCCUCUACUCCAAAUCGCUCAUCGAACGCUUCUCCACUGACAUGGUCUCGAACCUCUAUGGCAAUCCUCACUCCGCCUCGAACGCCUCCCAACUGACGACGCGCCGCAUCGAAGAUGUACGAUUACGACUAUUGGAGCUCUUCAACGCGGACCCGCAGGAGUUUGACGUGGUUUUUGUAGCCAACGCUACUGCGGGCAUCAAGCUGGUCAUGGAUGCGUUCAGGGAUCAUGAGGAUGGCUUCUGGUACGGAUACCACAGGGAUGCGCAUACAAGCCUCAUAGGCAUACGGGAAACUGCAGCUGAGCAUCGCUGCUUUGCCACCGAUGCAGAAGUCGUGGAUUGGAUCCAUCGACCGGCGCAGGAGGAGGGACGGACACGGUUGUUCGCAUAUCCCGCCCAGUCGAAUAUGAAUGGGCGUCGACUGCCGCUAGAAUGGUCCCAACACAUCCGCGCCGCAAGUAACAAAGGAAAGACUUUCACGUUGCUGGACGCCGCAGCCCUCGUGUCCACCUCGCCACUCGACCUGAGUGACGCCGAAGCUGCGCCUGACUUCACUGUGCUCAGCCUAUACAAAAUGUUUGGUUUCCCCGAUUUGGGUGCGCUGAUAGUCAGGCAAGCAUCAGCACAUGCAUUUGACAAGCGCCGUUACUUUGGUGGAGGCACAGUCGAGAUGGUUGUGUGUCUUAAAGAGCAAUGGCACGCGAAGAAGGCAGACUCGCUUCACGAACGUUUGGAGGACGGUACGUUGCCAAUUCACAGCAUAAUGGCGCUUGACUCCGCUAUGGCUGUUCACAAAGAACUGUACACCUCGUUAGCACGCGUCUCGCAUCAUACGAGCUUUCUAGCAACGAGCUUGUACAACGAGCUAUUGUCUCUACAGCACGCCAAUGGCCAAAAGGCUUGUCAGAUAUACAAGGAUCCCGCAUCUACCUAUAGCAAUGCAGCUACACAAGGACCGAUUAUUGCAUUCAAUAUGCGAAACGAAACUGGCGGCUGGGUGAGCAACGCAGAGGUGGAGAAGCUGGCGGCAAUUAAGAACUUUCAUCUACGCACAGGCGGGCUCUGCAACCCAGGCGGUGUUGCUUCUUCGCUCGAGUUGGCUCCGUGGGAGAUGCAUGAGAACUUUUCCGCUGGUCAGCGAUGUGGUAAUGAGAACGACGUCAUGCGUGGGAAGCCGACUGGCAUGAUACGUGUCAGCCUGGGAGCAAUGAGUACCCUGAAAGAUGUGACCUCGUUCGUUGCGUUUCUGCGCGAGUUCUUCGUGCAGAACAAGGCACCCAGCGCGAUGCCGGCAGCUCUAUGCGGUGGCCUCGAUGUUCUGCCAGCGAGUCGCCUGCACGUGGAAAGCCUGUCAAUCUAUCCUAUCAAGAGUUGUGCGGGGUUCAGCGUACCGCCAGGGCAGGCCUGGAAGGUUUAUCCAGAGGGACUUGCCUGGGAUCGUGAGUGGUGCCUUGUCCAUCAAGGCACUGGUGCAGCGUUAAGCCAGAAGCGCUACCCAAAGAUGGCCCUCAUUCGUCCCAGUAUCGAUUUAGAGGAGGGUGUGCUACGUGUUCGAUUAGCAGGUCUGCUGAAGGGCACGACUGCAGUUGAUCAUAUUACGGUUCCCCUCUCGGCCGAUCCACGAAUGUUCGCCGACAGCGCAAUGUACAGAGACGCCAGCGCCAAAGUGUGUGGAGAUUCGGUCCAAGCUAAGACAUACAAGUCUAGCAAAGUGUCAGCUUUCUUCUCUCAAGCCCUCGGGGUGGCUUGUCAUCUCGCCCGUUUCCCAGCCGCCGGCAACGGGAGCGGCUCUUCGCCCAGGCAUUCCAAAGCGCAUCUACAGAAAUACCAAAGAGGCCGCAGCAUGCGGAUACCCGGCGCUUACCCGGAUGCAACGCCCGUUACACCAGGCACGUCCGUAUCCAAAGCAAUUCUACUGUCAAAUGAGAGUCCUAUCUUGACCAUCUCGCGAUCAAGCCUCAAUCGCCUGAACGAGUUGAUCAAAGCGGAUGGCGGCAAAGCGGCGCAAGCAGAAGUCUUCCGAGCCAACAUAGUGGUUGCGGAGAACCCAGACUACCCGCCAGGGCUCGAAGACCCAUAUGCGGAAGACGACUGGCGCUAUCUCCAGAUUGGGCAGCAGUACUUCGAAAUGCUGGGUGCUUGCCGAAGGUGUCAGAUGGUGUGUAUUGAUCAGCAAACCGCCGAGCGGGACCAGGAGCCGUUUACCACGCUCGCUAAGACGCGCCGUUUCGACGGCCGCGUGUACUUUGGGGAGCAUACAUGUCAUCUUCCUACAGAAGAUUCGUCUACACUCGAGCAAAACCCCACCAUCAUGGUCGGCGAUGUCGUACAGCCGUACCGCGACGAAGAGGUUAGUCAAGACAAUCGACUCCUGUCCCUUGUAGGUUAG